AUGAUGUCGCAGUUGUGUGCCUCCGAUGUCCUCGCCUACGACUACUGCGGCUACGGCUUCAGCGAGGGCGAGCCCUCGGAGGAGAAUUGCAUUCAAUGCAUCGACGCAGCCUAUGCAUACUUGCUGCAGCACUUCGCGCCUAACCGCAUCGUCCUCUUCGGGCGCUCGAUCGGAACAGGACCCACGGUGGACUUGGCAGUGCGCCAUCCCGAAAUCCGAGGAGUCAUCCUUCAGAGUCCGAUCGAGAGCUGUGGUCGCGCCGUCUUCGGGAAUCUGGCGUCUUGGGUGGGCUACAGGAUGGACCUCUUCCGGAAUUACGAGAAGGUGGACAAGGUAGAAUGCCCAGUCCUGGUGAUGCAUGGAACGGACGAUGACAUCGUCCCGAUUGAGAGUGGCAUGGCCAUCCAGGAGGCCUGCAGAAAAGCUGUCGAGCCGCUUUGGCUGGAGGGCUACGGCCACAACGACCUUCCAAACGAGAUCUGCCUGAGGCGGGUGCGAGAAUUCAUGGACCAGAUGGAUGGCCUCUCGUGGGGUUGGAACAUCUUCGUGACGAACCUUGCCACUCACAUCUCCGUGAACCUUUGA